AUCCGCCUCCUUGCUUAGACCCAACGCUUGGGCACAAUCAAUGAGUUUGCUGUACCAUCCAAAGUCUCUUUUAUUCCGGAACGGACGUGGCUAAAAAAAAAAAAAAAACCCACUACGUCCAUCUCUAGCCCAGCCAGAAGACGAUCCGGCGAGGAAGCAAGGAAAAAGGCGUGUGGCUUGGUCGCCCCAACCCUCGGAUUGACCCUCCGGCUGAUCGGAGCUUCAUAGCGGACGCAGCAUGACAGCUCUUCUGAGGAGCCUGCUGGCAGCCUCAGAGAAAGCUGCCUGCAUUGCCCAGCUAUGUCGCCAAGAGGAGGCCCUCUUCAGCCUGCUCAUCGAGGAGAAGAGAGGCGCAGACAAGAAUAAAAAGUUCUUGCAGGACUUCAAGACAUUGGCAGACGUGCUAAUCCAAGAAGUCAUCAAACAUGAUGUGGGAAAAGAGUUUCCAGAACUACAAGAUCACAUUUGUGGCGAGGAGUCCAACAAAUUCGAAAAUGGCCUUGGCGAGAUUGUAGUGGUUCAAGUUUGCCCUACCCAACAGGAAACAGCUGCCCUGCUGCAGAAAGUCCUGGAUCGAAAACAAACAGCAGCUGAAUUGUUGGCAGCUGCUGUUCAUCAGGAAGUAGUGCUUUCAGACCCAGCACUGGACAAUGUGGAUGUGACCAUCUCCACAGAGAGCUUGGCUGUAUGGAUUGACCCCAUAGAUUCCACUAAUCAGUACAUUCGUGGGUGUAGCAGUGUGAUGCCUGUGAAUGGCAUCUAUCCAUCUGGACUUCACUCAGCUCUUGUGCUGAUAGGAGCAUACGACCGUCAUUCGGGUGAGCCCGUCCUUGGCAUCAUCAAUGAGCCUUUCUUCCAGGAGGAGCUGACACCACACAGGUGGCAGAGCAAAUACCAUUGGGGCAUUUGCUAUGGAAGCACCAAGCUAAGCUCGCUGAGCCAACCCCAGCAGCGGUCUUCCCCCUGCGUGGUGCUGAGUAGCAAUGGGACUGGCACGUUGCAGAAAACGCUGGCCCCUCUUUACGGUGAGAGGUUCUGCUUUGCUUCAGGCGCUGGCUACAAGAUGCUCUGUGUCGCCCUCGGCCUUGCUGAUGCUUAUGUGCUUUCAGAAGGCAGCACCUUCAAGUGGGAUUCAUGUGGCCCCCAUGCCAUUCUACGAGCCCUCGGGGGAGGCAUUGUCGAUCUUUCAGCAGCCCUGCGGCUUUGGCGUGCUGGGCAACGCAAGAAUUUGCCCGAACUGACCUAUAACAAGCCCAUAGAGGGCGCUGUGGGUGCUGACCGCUGGGCAAAUCAAGGAGGGCUUAUAGCCUACACCUGCCACAAGCAUCUCGAGGCUGUGAUGGCCACACUAGCUUUCUAAAACACAGCCUUGUCAGUGCUGUGGGAGUGCAAAUUGCCUGUGUACAAGGGGAAGAAGGCAGUCUCUAAGUGAGGAAGGAUAAGAUUCUUAAUUUUUUUUAAUGGACCAAUCAAAUGUUUAUGGUAGCAGUAUGCCCGCCUAGGAUAAGGAUGGUACAAAUGUCAUGCUUUUUGACCUCCUGCUUUUCCAUGCCAGCUGCAUCUAUAAAAAUUUCCACUUCUCAUGAGGGGCAUGCAGUAGGUGAAGUGUUUCUUAAAUUGUUCCCCUUCUGUUCUUCUUGGUGUAUCAUUUUUCUUGUGUGGGUAACGUGUAUCAUAAAUAUGUAGCAAACAUGCAUUGGGACCAUUGAUUAAUCUCUGUUUAGGUACCCUUUGUCUUUAGCAUGGGGUACAGCUCAAGAUUUCUUGCUGCUGCUUUCUGGAUAGGCACAAUUUUUGCAAGGCUUUUGAUGCACAGACCAGGAGCCU